CAACAAACCAAACUCAUCACCCCUGACACCAUGAGCUACUACAGCAACUGCUAUGGAGGCCUGGGCUACGGCUAUGGAGGUUUUGGUGGCCUGGGCUGUGGCUGUGGCUGGGGAUGUGGCACCUUCCACAGACGGGGUUGUGGCUGGGGCUGCGGCUGGGGCUGCAGAGGCUACAGAUAUGGCUGGUGCCGCCCGUCUUGCUAUGGAAGUUAUGGAUUCUCUGGCUUCUACUAAAAUGCUGCUCCAGAAGCCCAACAUCUGAGGCCACAAAAGGAUUAUCCAAAUUUGACUACAAUAACCAAACCAAACAAGAUCAUCCAGAGUCAAGCCAAGAUCAAAAACAUUUGGUAUCUAAGACUUCAGGAAUAUUUAUCAUUUUAUAGUGGUCUCUUUCAUGUUUCCUGGUGUCCUUUAUUUCUGCUUUUGUAACUGUGGGAUUUCUCUAUUCCUUUUGCAA